CCUGAGUCAAGACACAUUGGGCAGACAGACAAGCCUGUUGUAGCCUCUGCAUCUUCAGUCCUUAUGCUGUGACCCAACCUCACGCUGCCUAUGCUACUCCUCGAGCUAUUGAUUAUAAAGUAUUUAGGAAAGAGUGCCGCCGCGUCUGGUAGAACCCUCGUUAUACCGUGUUAUUGGUGAACACUUCGGUCUAACCGUUUUGAACAAUGUUGGUCAUCCUUUUCGCGCUCUGUAUUGCUUGCAGUAUCUCCUGGCAGUUUUCUACGUUCUAUCGUUCGAGGCUCGCUGGGUUUCCGGGGCCAAUUAGCCGAAAGUUUACAGAUAUAUUCCAAUUCGUGGAUGCCUUCAAAGGCCAGACUGUCAAGUAUCUCCAGGAAUGCCAUCAGAGAUACGGCAAAGUAGUCCAAAUCGGUCCAAGGACUGUCAGCAUCUCAGAUCCCGCGAUGAUCCCCUUGAUCUAUGGUAUCCGCAAUCCUUUGCCCAAGAGCCACCAUUGGAGCGUCUGGGAAAACGAAUUCAACGGAAAACUUGUUCCUUCUGUUUUGUACGCCCAGGAAACUUCCAAGCACGGAAUGCUGAAAAGACCCGUGGCCGGGGUCUACUCCAUGUCGAAUGUUAUAAAACAGGAGCCUUUCAUUGAUACUACCAUCGUCCAAUUUAUCAAGAAGCUCGACCAAGAUUUUACUGUAAGGGGAGAUGAAGGGAAGUCGGUGCCGAUCCAUUCGUGGAUGCACUAUUUCGCAUAUGAUGCUGUAAUGAAACUGACCCUUUCUUCCGAUUUUGGGUUUAUUGAGGCGGGAGGUGAUCGGGAGGGUAUCUUCUCGGGGGUUGAUGCCGUGCUAAGGUACCGAGCUAUGGUGUUUACUAUGCCUUGGAUCCAUUCGCUAGUGCGCAGAAGUCCGAUCGUCGGACUGUUUAAGAAGCGGAUGGCAGCUUUCCAACGCAGGGCACGAGGCCUCAUCGACAAACGAAUGACUCAAGGUGCUCCAGAUCCAAGCCGAUACGACCUGCUGUCGCAGUUCUUGGAGUCGCAAAAGGCCUCUCCGCAGGUGGUGAAUGACCUCGUGCUGAAUGGCUACGUUGUUCUGCCGCUUCUAGCUGGGGCUGAUACGGUGGCCAUUGUUCUCGGUACGCUCGUUUACCAACUUGGCCAACACGUUGCGGUUGCGACAAAACUGCAGGAAGAGCUGGAGGCUGCCAAGCUUUCCCUACCGCCUGCAUACGCGGCGGUACAGGGUCUUCCAUUCUUGAAUGCUGUCGUGAAAGAGUCGCUUCGCAUCCACCCCAUCAUGGCGUUCCUCUCGAGACGGGUGGUGCCAGCAGGGAGCGGGCUGAAGCUCCCGGAUGGACGCAUUCUGCCACCUGGAACCAUCGUGGGCAUCUCGCCAUGGGUGACGCACUUUGACGAAGAAGCGUUUGGGAGCGACGCCAAAGAGUUCAGACCGUCGCGAUGGCUGCAGGAGGCGGAGGAGCCGAGUGCCGAAUAUGCCAAGCGACUGAAAGCCAUGAACGCCACAGAUUUAGCGUGGGGCGCAGGCAACCGUUCCUGCCUUGGCAAGAACAUCGCCCUUGCCGAGAUCUACAAGCUCGUGGCUACGCUCUACUCGCUCUUCGAUAUCUCUCUUGUUGACCCUUCAGCAAGCUUGCGUUUCACCGAGACGCUGCUCACAAAGCAGCAAAGCAUCAAUGUCCGCUUCUCGUACCGGGACAGCGCUAAUGUAGAUGCGUUGUUGGACGCCGACAAAACUUCAUAG